AUGACGGAGCCGGUCCUCGUAUCCUCAACCUCUGCAAGGCUGGAACCCUACCUCCUCCUGGCCAAAAACGCCAAGGGCGCGGCAGCCGUCCAGUUGAUCACCGAUGUGUUGAAUGCCCAGGGCGUCUAUGUGUUUUCGGAAUUGCUGGAGAUGUCUUCUGUGCUGGAUCUGGCGAAUAACCCUGCCCAUGCACCACACCUCAACCUACUGAGACUGUUUGCAUAUGGAACAUACCGAGAUUAUCGAGCAAAUGCUGCAUCCCUCCCUGCUCUCAGCGACACACAACUGAGGAAGCUGAAACAUCUUACCAUCGUCACGCUCUCCGGGGACAAUAGGACGCUAAAUUACGACCUCCUUCUAAAAUACCUCGACAUACCCAACGUGCGCGAACUGGAAGAUCUCAUCAUCGACGCGAUAUACCAGGACCUGAUCAGGGGGAAGCUUGACCAGAGCAAGAAGUGCUUGGAGGUGGAGUUUGCGAUGGGAAGGGAUCUUCGGCCUGAGCAGGCGACGCAGAUUAUGGCGCUGCUUAGUGCAUGGUGUCGAACCUCCGAGACGAUCCUAACAACAAUCGAUGCCAACAUCGCCCACAUCUCCAAAGUCACCGCCGAAGAAGCGAAAAGGAAAGAAGAGCACAGCAAAUCGGUCGAACAAAAGAAGUGGGAUGUGCAGGAAAAGGUACAUGGGAAACAUAACAAGACACCGUCUUCGGGUGGGCCUAUUGACGCCUUGUUGGGGGAGGACGGCGGGCGACGGAGGGGAUUGAAGGGGCGGUUGAAUAACCCGAGUCGGCGGUAG